AUGCUUCAACUCAUCAAACGGCCUCCCGGCAACGGCAUCCCCAGAUCCGCAGCCCUCCGAUACCACUUCAUAGCCUCCGUGGUUCUUGUCGGUGGCCUUGCGGUACCAUUUCAUGGCGAGGGUGGAACUCUGGGGGACACCGAGGCCGUCAUGGUGAAGGAAGCCAACUUUGCGGAGGCCGGUGAGGUUGUUUUGGGCAGCGGCUUUAAGAUACCAAGACAUUGCGAGGGCGUAGUUUUGUGGGAUAGCGGUAGUGGUGGUCGAUUGGGAGUCCCUGUAGAUGCCUCUUAUGGCGACUUGUGCGUCUGGGUCUCCGUUAGUGGCGUUGAGAAGUCCCUCAGCAGUGUAUCUGCCAUCCCCACGUCCACUCCAGGAGAAAAGCGCGCAAAAGAUGUCCUUUUUUACGAGGACAGGAGGCCCUACAGCUAUUGUGAGGCUGACCACCCAACUGUCGACACUUACCCUGACCCGCCGGUCGAGGGAGCAACACUGUCCAAUGUCCAAAUGUUCAUCCGCCACGGCGAUCGGACAUCACAAUCAUUCUACCCGGUCGACCAUGAAGUGACAUACGAAUGCUCCUCCCAAAUCAACUCCAAGUACUUCACCACUCCAACCAACAGUGACACCUUCAACAACGCAUCGCUCAUCACAACUCAAGUCGUCACCAUCCCUCAGGAUUCGCCAUUCGCCAAAUCCAUCUGGAGGGGAAGCUGUAUCCCGGGACAGUUGACGCCUAAGGGUGCGGGGCAGCAGGAAAGGAUGGGGAGGGAUUUGAGGGAGGUUUAUGUGGAUAGGCUGGGGUUCUUGCCGGAGGUGUUUGAUCAGGAGAAGUUCUUUGUGAGAAGCACAGACGUCUGGAGAACAAGACAGAGUGCGACAAGCCUAAUGACAGGCCUCUACCCAACCAACUCCCCCAACAUUCCACCGCCAAACUUCCGUCUAGCAACCCUUCCCUUUGAACUCGAAUACCUAAUCUUCAACGAACGCGACCAAUGCCCCCGGAUCACACAACUAAAAUCCCUCAUCGCCCGAUCCAACCCAACCCUCCAACACCUCUACACGCACAUCCCCGCUCCCAUCCUUGCCGCCUCCCAAAUCAUUGACUACCCAAAUACCCUUUCCCUCGACGACGUCUCGGAUUUCGUGUCCCCUCGGGCCUCGAAUCUCCUAAUCGAGCUUUGGGAAACACCCUCACAAGAGAAAUACAUCAGAGUCCUCUACAACAGCAGGAUCGUUGUUGCGAAAUCCAACUGGUGCGACCUCUCCUGGUGCCCCGCCAAGACGUUCCUCAAGCACUUGGACAAGUUUCGUCCGGGAGAGGAUUACCUGGAGAAAUGCCAGGAGCAGCCGAAACGCAAGCCUAAGAAUAAUAAUCAGGCGCCUUAUCAGAGUGAUGUCAAAUGA